UGUUAGCCCUUGGAUAUUUUUCUGGCCCUUGACCAAACAUAGUCGACAACUUUUCCAAAUUUAUUCCCAAACCCUACAAAACCCCUUCUAUUACGAGAGACUCUCCAAAUUGUUACGAGUAGAUAUAUUCUGUGGAUUGCAUUAGGGUUGUGACAGGAUUUUGCGAGGAAAGCAUCUCAUUUCCUCAGGUUUUCUGCAAUCAAACAAUGGCCGAUGCAAAAGCCAACAAAACCGAUGAUGGGUCUGGUCAAAAGUCAGGUCAAGUGGCGAGAGUAAAAGGGUCAGAAGUGUUUGUUGGUGGUCUUGCACGCACUGUAACUGAAAAGAUGCUUCGAGAGUUGUUUUCUUCUUGUGGGGAGAUUGUAGAGAUUAGGAUGAUGAAGGACCAGAAUGGAGGUUUCAAGGGGUAUUGUUUUGUGCGUUUUUCUACUAAAGAAGCUGCCUUGAAAGCUCAAAAGGAAAAAAACAAAAUGAUAUUCCAAGGUAAAAAGAUAGGGGUGGCUUCUUCCUCUGACAGGGAUAUGCUGUUUUUAGGAAACCUUCGAAAGGAUUGGCUUCCUGAAGAAGUAGACUCUAUGGUUCGUCAAGCUUUUCAGGAAGUUGCAUCUGUAGACCUUGCCAUGCCUCUAAGCACAGGUGAAUCGAAUCCAGACAAGAAGAAACAUAACAGAGGAUUUGCUUUUGUUCGCUUUUCUUCACAUGGGGCUGCUGCUCGUGCUCAUCGAGUUGGGAGCAAACAAGACUUUUUGCUUGGAGGCAAGUGGCAUCCUAUAGUGGACUGGGCUGAAAGUGAACUAGAGGCAGACCCUGCUGAAUUAGCAAAGGUUAAAAUUGCAUUUGUUAGCAAUCUUCCGAACAAUGCGAAUGAAGACUUUUUGAGAAAGCUAUUUGAACCUUUUGGGAAGUUAGAAAGAGUUGCUAUAUCCAGAAAGAGUAAUGUGCCUGUUGGUUUUGUUCACUUCUUGACACGUGCUGAACUUGAUAACGCAAUCAAAGCACUUGAUGGCAAAAAUAUUGAUGGGCCGGAUAAAGGUCCUAAGUUCAAGAUACAGGUUACAGUUGCAAAGCCAGCAGAGAAGGCUAAGAAACGAAAUCGUGAAGAUACUCAAAAUGUUGGAAAUAAUAAACCUGCUGUGAAGGGUAAGCCAUCAUUGGAUGUUGCAGGACACACACUAGAUUACUUUAAUCUCCAUGCCAAGGUUCCUCGACUGGACACCAAACCUGCUAUGGAGGCUGUGGCAGAUCCAUACGAAUUAGCUGUUCUGUCAUUGCCUGCUUCUGUUACAGAUUGUUUACUUCGAAUCUUUCGCCAGGGUCUUGCUACACGUUAUGAUAUUGACCUUGCAUGUCUUGAAACUCUGAGGCCUCUUCCAGAAAUUACAGCAGUAUCUAUCCUUGAACAGUUUGCAUCAGCAAACUUUGCAGAUGGAAGAGACAAACGUGCUUACCUUGCAGGUCUCAUCACUAGGGCGGGUCAGGAGCGAAAUCCUAGAUUAUCAUUUCUACAGCAAACACGAAGCUCAGAGCUGCCCACCAGAGAGGCGGGUUUACUUGGGGUCCCGGGAUCUUCUCAUUCUUCUCUAAUUGAUCCUCUUGUUGCAUCUCACUCACUUACAGGGUCAUCUCUGAUUCGGCGUGAUCCUUAUGGUACUGCUACAUCACUGCUUGGACAUUCUCAAGUACCUCCACUAGUGAAAGCAGAUCCAAUUCUGGAACGGUUUUCAACUGGGUUAGAUGACACAUAUGGUCUGUCAUCUUAUAGAAAUCCAACUAGUGCAGGUGUUAGUUUUGGGACUAGCUUACCUGAAGUAAAUGGCACGGAAAGGCGACCUCCUGUUAAGUUUGAUCCUUUCACAGGUCUGCCAUACAAGUUCGAUCCUUUUACUGGUGAGCCUAUACAGCAGCCAGGAUCAGUGCCAUCUUCCCGUUUUGCUGGGAAGUAUUACUGAACAAAUCCUUAAAAGUGGGAUCUAGGUUUUGUAACUAAGGGUCUAAUAUUAUGUCUUGUAAGACUAGUGCGUCUUUUAACAUACUAGUGGACAGGAGUUCAAUUUAUACUGAAGAUGGCAAAUUUCUCCAAAACAUUUCUGAUAAGCUACAAUUGCUUUGAUACUUCGAUGGAGAAGAUUAGCAUUUGUUUUUAUUACAUAAUGUUGCAUAGAAACUAUUUGAUGUGA